AUGAUAGCCCUCAAGCUAUUUAUCUUUGUAUUAUUUGCAAAUUAUAUUUUAGGUGGGAACCUCAAGAAAUAAAGUAGCAAAGGAUUAAACCCCUACACAUCAAACAAAGGAGAAAAGUCUUAUUACUCUUUCUAGUUUGUUCCUGAUAAUAGGAUUGAAACUGGUGGUUCAAUAUAAAUUAUCUUUCCUCAAGAUUUCGAUGCCCUAUCUUUCCCUAACAAUCUUGAGUGCAGAGUGUAAACUCAAGAAAGCAACCCUUUCUAAAUUGCAGAAUGUUCAUCGCUCUCUGCUAGAGUGAUUAAGGUGACUUUGGAUUAAAUUCCAGCAACUCUUAUCACUGUUAUUGUAGGCGAAGUCACCAACCCUAGAUUCACUGAUACCUCAAGCUAAUUUAAAAUCAGAUCGUAUAGAAAUGAUGUGUUGAUAGAUUCAAACGAUGGGUUUGGUUUUAUAUCCUUCUCGCAAAGUCCAGGCUAAAUACUCAACCCUAACAUAUUCAGGCUGAGUAAUUCAAGAAUCCGUGAAGGUUCUAGUUGGGAAUUCAGUUUUACACCUUCGUAAUCAUAUCCUGCUGGAUGUAGUUUAAGAUUUACUUUCCCUGAAGGAUAUACUUCUAAGCAGGCUUUAUGCGAUGUUUAAGGCCUUGCUGGUUAGAAUCCUAAUACUUUGCUACUUUUUAACUAAAGAAUUGUGACAUGCUAGAAUGUCAAUAAAGAUUUGAAUGGUCCUCAAGUUGUUAAGAUAAUUAACAUGGUAAAUCCUUCAUUCAGUAGCAUUAUGCAAGGAUUUAAAAUAGAAAUAUUAGAAGGUCUCUCUUCUAUUGUAUUAGAGUCUGUGACAUUCCCAGGAAAUAUUGAAAUUCUCCCAGGUAAUUUAAAAGCUACAUAUGUCUCUGAUGAUUAGUUUAAGUGGUCAACAACAAAUUAUUAUUUCUUUGUCAAUCUAAUUAAUCCAGUUUAUUUAGGCGAUAGACUCUAUUUUAACUUCACUAGUGAUUGGAAUAUCUUUUAACCAAAUUGCACUAUUAUUAAUGGGUUUAUUGCUCCAUUUGGAUAAAAAGUCAGAUGCCAGCGCAUACAAGAUUAAAAUUCAUAUAUGAUUGAUAAUUUUGUAUAAAUUGACAAUUCUUAAAGACUUGUUUUUUCAGUCUACCUAGAGACUCCACAUGUAGAAAACUAAUAUCCUGUAACUAUAUCUACUUAUAGUACUAAUAGAAGCGCAGUUGUUGAUUUGAACACUAUUCCGAUUAACAUAAACUCAACUUAUGGUAUUAUUAAAAGAUUUACUGCACAUGCUUUAAAAUCCCCUCAGACAUCAAAAGCAGGUGAAAAUGGAGCUCUUGAAAUGACAUUCUUUUUAAAAACUUAAUUACCUAAAACAGAUGUUGGAACUGAGGGCCACUUCCGUGUUGACAUAUUCCCUCAAAUUCCUGUACCUGAUGAUAAGUAUGGUGUGUUAAAGUGUUUUUUCUACGGUGAUAUUCCUUCUGAAAAUGACUGCAAAACUGAUUAUAAGGUUGAUAAACCAGAGCGUACCUACAUUCAUAUCCAUACCCCUAACUUAAGACCUUUCAAAGAAAGUGAAGUACCUAUUAGUGUUACUACAAUUAGUCCUUUAGGAACUAAUAAAGCUGGUAUUAAACUUCAUGAAAUUGUCUAAAGAUAUAAAAUUCAUAUUAACAUUUGGAAAGAUCCAAAAAAGGAUCUAUUCUUAACUCCAGACACUCCUCCAGAUGAGGUUUACUUCACAGAAUUCAUUCCAGAAUCAUACAAAAUAAAUGACCCUGCUGCAAUUACAACUACAUCCACAAUUACAAAUGCUAAUGCAUUUACAUACUUCGAGGUAAGGUACGUUCAUGCUGAUAAUUACAUUGCAACAUAUGAUAAGAGAGCCGCAAGUGAUAGAAAUUAUGUUCUUAGAAUUCAUUUCAUAAGCGGAUUUGCCUCUGAUUUAGGUUGGGGCAGUUUUUUAACUAAUCCUACUGACUAGACAAUUAGAAAAUUCCCAUGCUAUCUUGAAGGUACUCUUAUUAGCCAAAGUUCAGCUAAUAACUCUGGAAAAGGUUAUUCUAACUGUGAAUUAGUUUGGAAAGAUACAGAUAAUACUUAUAUUCAGGUAAAUGAUCUUCCUACCUUGAAUUUCUUACCAAAUGCUUAUCUUGUCGUAGGUGUCCCUAAAGUUAAAAUUGUUAACGUUAUUGGAGCUAGCGCAAUUAUCAGCGUUCGUAUUGUAGAAGAAACUCCUAGAUGUUGGGACUAAAUUGUAACCCUUUAUUAGAAAGAAAAUAUUGUUUUAUUCACAGUUACAGCACCAUUUACAAAUUUACCUGGCAACGGAUUAACAGUUACCCCAGUAGAUAGUAUCAGAUUGAACUUUGACUCAAAAUACUAAUUCAAUGUUAACUAAGUCGGAACAUCAACUUAAGUUGUGAUAGAGUGGCCCAAUGAGCUUUAAUUAGAUUUUGGUCAAGUUUCAUGCACAGGAGGUUCUUGCAGAAAAUUUAAUUACCCAAUUAACUGGAUUAUUUUUACACCAUCUUCACCUCAAACAGGUUCAACUGUGAGCUUCACAAUGCCUACUGGUACAACACAAAACUACAAGAACAAGGCAGAUAUUAUUUUUAGUGCUUAAACUUGGGUUGGAAACACAAUUAGUUCAUUAUAAAAAACAACAUAUUCUUAUCAACCAGUAACAAUGAGUACAACAUAGUUCAGUUGUAUUGAUCCAAAUGAUUAUAAGUUCUAAGGCUACUAGUAGAAAUAAGAUAUAGAAAUAACUUUAGAAGAACCUAUGGAAGAUAAUUGGUACAUUAAGCUAGAUUUGGUGUCAAAUAUGAUUUUCUAGCAAACUGAUAACUUUUAUUUCAAAACAGUGAAUUUGGUUGGAUUAGAUGAUAAAGGAGUAUUAACAGAAUUAAAAUCUCCAACCUCAUUCUGGAUUUACAACUUGAAAAGCUUAGCAAAAGGAGUAAAAGUUACUAUAACAAUAUCGAUUACAAUGGCUACUAGUGCUGUCACAUUUACUCCACAGAUAUAAGUUAAAACUUUACAUAAUUACUACAGAGGUUCUACUGAAGACAGAUCUGUAAAUGUUGCAACUAUUAGUCAUAAAUAUGGAAGUAUUACAUUAACAGCUUUAGGCAUGGUUAAAUUUACAGCAAUGAAUCCAAUUUCUUAUAGAUAUGAGUUGAUUUAAGGAAGUACAGGACCUUUUAAUUUUAAAAUUGCAUUUUCAAACACUAUAGAUCCUAAUAAUGCCUCAAAUGAUAAAUACAGUUUACUCUUCAAAUUUUAAUUAGAUGAUGGUUCUCAGGAUGGUUUUGAUUGGAUAAGUGCAAGUUAAGUUUUUGCAUGCACAAUCACUGAUGAUACAACUCUUUAAGCAUAUUUCCAUGAAUGCUCUGCUACUAAGGAUUCAAGUAAAAAGUAGCUAAUUGUAGAGCUAACCCCAUAUACAAUCUUAUCUGGAAGCAAGCUUUAUUAAUAUGAAAUAUCUUCAGAUUAAAUGCUUUCAAUUAAUAGUUACUAUGGACUUAAGUUUCCAAAAGUUGGAGGAUAUUACAAUUUUGAAAUUUGGGUAAGAAAAAUUCCAUAUGGCAGUUCAACACCUUAAGAUUCCUUAGCAUACUAUGAAGCCCUUUUCGUUAGGCCUCCAGAGCUGAGAGAUAUUUAAAUUACACUUUUACACAGAACUCCAGGUAUAAAAAAUGUGUUUACAUUUGAUAUGAAAGUGAAAGAUGCUGUACCAGCUUAUUCAAGUGGAGGUAGAAUACGUAUUUACUUCCCAGGUUACCAAAAUGGGCAAAGAAUAUUUGAUACUAAUUUGAAUCAUGAUUCCAUAUUAUAUAAUGCUGGAUGUAGGUUUUUGUCAGGAUUUGUUGCAGAAAAUUCUUAAAAAUUAAUGUGUUCGAUAGGGCGUGUUAACUCUGACGGAGAAUGGAAUGAUCCUUUCAUUGAACUAAUGAAUUUCUAAGGAAUUUCCGCAAAUAGUUAACUUGUUAUGCAAGUUGGUAAUGUUGCAAAUCCUUAGCCUGGUAUCCAGGUAGGUGUUUUUAAAAUACAUACUUAUAACUAUCAAGAUUCAGCAGCCACAAAUAACAUCAUUAAUACAAUAACUGAAACUGUAGUGUUUGAUUUACAGAAUAGUCCGUCUACUAUUAUUAAUUCAGUGAAUGUCUAGUUUUAAACAGGACAAAAAUUAAAUUCAGGUUAGACCUAUCUUAAUCAUGCUUUCUAGAUUAAUUAGAGUCUAUAAGCAAAUGACAUAAUAAUCACCGAAAUGCCUUGCCCUCUUAGACUUACAGUUGUUAGUACAAAGAACUAGAAUAAUUUAUUGACUUGCGACUUAAGUAAGUAUUCUUCAUGCGUUGCAUUUGACGAAGGAAAUUAUAUUGUAUGGACAUUAAAAAAUCCUAUAUCAGCAAAUACUUUGUUUGAUGCUCGUAUUGACAUCACUGGUCUUCCUAGCUACGCAGAGUCAUUAGAUACUAUAUUUUACUCAUAUGUUGUGAGAAAUUCAUAAGUUAUUUAUAAAAUUUAAGAAACUAUACCUGUAACAGAAUGGGCUAAGAUAGUAGAUAAUAUUAAUUUUUCAAUUUCUACUUUUUCUACAAAUACAAUUGCUAGUUGCAUUUAUUAGCGUUACAUCUUUGAUAUUACAUUUACAAACACAAUACCGGCUGGUGGUUCUAUACUUAUCACUCCAAAUUCUGGCGUGUCCAAUACUGAUCUUAGACCAAAAUGUAUUCUACUUCAAAGCACAGGCACUAUUUAAUAUAAUGAUUUUUCAAAAUAUGGAGGCAUGCUUGGAUGCCCAAUUUAAAAUGGUGGUUGGUAUUUCUCUACUCAAUACGAUAUCCCUGCUAAUUCUAAGAUAAGCGUUGAAGCAUACUCUGACAAUUUAUCUAACCCUAGUUCUGUUAGUUUCACUGUAAAAUCGUUUUAAAAUACUGAUCCCAAUAAUAUUUAAACAACUGGAAAGAAACUUGAUAUAGGAUCUAGUAGUUAAAGUUCGUCAAGUGUAAAUAUUCCUUGUGUUAGCUAAGUUAUUACAACCCUAGAUUAUAACAGUAUAACUAAUAGUAAUAUUAUCCCUUUUUCUAACUAAGAAACAAUUUGGUAGUUUACAAUAACUACAAAAACUGAUAUUAAGAAAGAUGAUUUUGUAGUUUUUAGCUUAGUGAAUGGGCUAUAAUCUGAUUUUUAUGGUGGGUCUGUUGACGUAAGUAACUAAUGGUUCUAUUAACCAGCUGAUUUUACAACUGGUACUUCUAGUAUUGGUGGCGUUUGUAUGUUUUAUGUCCCAAGUAGUAAACCCUAUGAUACUGAUCAAAGAAUGUCUUGCACUAACUUCAACAAUGAUAUCACUGCUCUUAGUACUUUCGUAGUAUACUUAAGAAUAAAGAAUCCAAGUUUUAGUACACCAUCUAGUUAAGAUUUUACCUUUUAUACAUAUCGUAGGGGAUCUUUUUUAAAUAGAUAUAAUGUUUAUGAUAGUACUAACUUUUCUUACUAAGGAGUAUAUGUUAGAAGUACCUUUUAAGCAAAAAGUAAUAAUAGUAAUAAAGGGAUCCAGCGUUCUACUGGUGCAUUAGAUGCAACUAACGUUGAUUUGACUCCAAAUUAUUUUGAUUCCUCAUUUUCAUGUGAUUAUAGUGAAUAUACUAAUUAUCCAACUUAGCUAAGAACUUGCUAACUAUUUUCUAGUGAUAUUGUAGUAGCUUUUACUACACUUUACGAUGACUUUAUGCCUACUUAACUAGGCUAAACGUUGUAUAAAGUUAGUCCAUCAGUAGUAGCUGGUACUUUUGAUUCUCUUAAAGGUUGUGGAGCUUUAAUCGGCAGAUUAAAUAUAAGUUUAAAAGUUAAUGAGAAGCUUAAAUUCUCAAAAGUAAUAAAUAACCCUAGUCUCUAUUACUUCUCAAGCGAAUUGAAAUGUACUUUGAUAUACUACAAGGAAAGUGAUUCUUGGACUUCUCCCAAUCCUACGCUUACAACUUCAAGUACAAGCUCUUGUAAUAUUGAUUCUGUGGGUGCAGGUUCCGGAUUAAGUGCAAGUAUGGUGAAAAAUGGAUUCAUAAAUAAUGAAAGUAGAUUUGUUGGGAAGGUUUCAUUCAAUAUUUCAAGAAAACCUCCUUUAUAUUCAAGAGUAUAUAUCACUAUUACAGGUAAUGCUAAAACGCAAUUAUAAUUUGCAAAUAAAGUUAGCUAAACAGGUUAAAGCAGUUUCCAUUCACCUUUGAUAAUAGUGCCUAUAGCUACAAAUUAGUAUGAACUUAUUGGUUUACCUCAACUCAGCUCUACGAUUUCUGUUGCUGUCUAUUUUGGUUUAAGAUCAUAAACUUCUUCUUCUAUUGGUGGUAACUUAAAAAUUGUGCAUCCGAAUGGAAGAACUUCAGAAUUCGAUUCAUCAUUUUCUUUUUCUUCAAGUGGUGUUUCUACUACUGGAUCUAGUGGAUAUAGAGGAUUAUACAAAAUGAAGAGAUAUAUGAGAGAUUCUAAUUAGAAGGGACCACUUCAAUUUUAAUUUUAGCUUCGCAACUUUGAUAUAACUUCUGCUGAUAAGUUAACUGUAACUAUACCUUCUUAAUUCUCUGUUUCUACAAAUGGAAAAUAACUAAGCGAUUAUCAAUUAUCUUCACCCCCAAAUUAGUACAGCUAUUGGCUUCAUGGAACACCGACAUCAUUAAGCAAUCCAAGUGUUGAUAUAGCAAUAGGAUCAUUUUCUUCUGUUCAAAGAUUUAUACACGGAAAUGAUUAUAGUUUACUUUUAACAACAAGAUAUGCAGAUUCUUAUGAUGGCUUCUAAUACCCUGCUAAUAUUGGCUACUAUAAGUUCACACUAAAAGGAUAUUAAGGAGCUAACGCAUAAGAAUAUGGUACUGACUUGCUAUCAAUAGAAGCAGAAGGAGAUUAGACGCUUUAAGUAACAGCUUUGAAUACAAACAUAGGCCAUCCAACUGUCAUCAAUUUCUAAUGGCAAAUUACUGUAGCUGCCUUAUUAGGUGACGAAAUUUGGCUCGAAUUCUAGACAAACAAUGGUAGACCUCCUCUAGGCAAUAAUUACAACAUGGGCUUUGAAAACCUUUUAGGAUAAAGUAAUAUUCAUUCUACAUUCGAAUGUAUAGAAGCAACAAAUGUCAUCUCUACAACCAACAUUCUAACAUGUGAGCUUUUCAGAUUAGGUGAUUCUACUUAAAAUCCAGCUUCAUAAUAGGAAGUACAAGCUGCAAUUAGAAUUCCAAUAUUGAAACCUAUAACUGCAAAUACAAAAUUAGAGUUUUAUAUUUAGGGUAUUGUCAAUCCAAUCUAUCCAAACAGAAAAGUCAGAAUUACUGCAAGUUUGAGAAAGACAAUUACAGGGUUUGAAGAUUAACCAAAGUUAGCUUAUUAAAAAUCUUAUGGAUAAUAUUAAACUACAAAUGGAAAUAUUCCAGUAUAAGUACUUCCUGUACCUCCUAGUACUACUACUUUUUCUGCUACAAAUACAGUACACACAGGAGGCUUCUAUCCACCAUUUGCUACUGAAACUCAUACCUGGUAAAUAGGUUCAACUAAUAAUAUAAAUUAAGGUGAUUGGAUAAAAGUAGUUUAUACAUUAGAUAACAAUCCAAAAAUGGGAUCUACUUGCAAACCACUAUCUGAUGCCUCUCCUAUGUGCGUAUUCCCAACAUCAGGGUUUGCAGUCGCAAAGUAUACAGGUACAAGUAGCGGUAAAUCAGCCACUUUAUUAGUAAAAGGAAUGCAAAAUGGAAUUUACCGUUAUGCUGGUUAAUUUACAGUAUAUCAUUGGAGUGGAUCAGAUGGCUCCACAAAGUGCGCCUAUCUUGCUGAUGGACUUACUUAUUAAUGGGAUGAAGAUGUCGCAUUUUAACUUGGUUUCUAACCUUAUAUGACUCCUGUUGAAACAUAAUAUAGAAAUACAUAUUGGCUUACUGAUUUUUUGAAUGUUGUCUAAGUUAACAUAACAGGAAUUUGGAAGUACAGCAAUAUUAAAAGUUUCUGGCUCGAUGUACCUCCUGAAAUAACUUAUGCUGAUUAAUCUUUCUGUAAUUCUACCUAAGUAACACCUACAGCUAAUAUGAAUCCUUAUCCUUGGCGUUUUAAUUGCCGUGUUGUUGAUAAACAUAGAGUAGUAUUUGAAAUUACUGAUGACUUUUUAGCAUGGGUUGAAGCCAAUAAUAGAAAUGCUGUAAUCAAUCUUGUUUUUAAGUUUUGGAUUGAUGAGUUUGUUUAAAGUGGCCCCAUAAGCAAUUUUGUGCUUUCUACAUACCACAUGCCUUACUAUUAAUAUGAACAAUAAAUUAGUACAGUUACUAUCGAUAAUUAUGGUGUAACAAGAACUAGAGGAAACAUCAAUAUUUCACCUUAUAUUUAGCCUGAUUUGCGUAUUGUUACAUUCAAUUCUCUUCGUUUCUAUGACAGAAAAGCUAGAGUAGGAGAUAGAGUUGAAAUCUAUAUGCUAUUGCAGCCAAUGACAGCUUUAUCUUUGCACCGUGUAGAAUAUAUAGUUUUUAGAUUACCAGAGGAGUUCUUAUAUGCGCCAGUGCGUUUCUUUGAUGCUUGUGAUGUUUAGGGUAAAUUCAAUACUCCUGUUUUGAAGUGUGAACUUAUGAGAGUUAGAGGACAAACAUUUGUGAAUAUGACCUUCUAUCCUUUAGAUCCAAGCAAUCCUAACUACAAAGUAGGUAAGUUACCUUAUGAUAACACAGUUAAGAUAGUAAGAAUAAGCGCUAAGAGUAACAAUGACUUAUUUACUUCACCUAUGCUUCCUGGAGAAAUUUAUAACAUCACUGCAUCUCUAUACUCGCUUAACACAGUAAUUGAAAAGUAGACAAUUAAUGUAACAAAAAUUAUUGGUUAUAGUUUACUAAAGGUAGAUGUAAGUAACAAUAUUCUCACUUCAUUUGAACCUAUUCGUGAUUCUUUACAGCUCGGUUUAUUCUAAAUGAGAUUAGUUCUUGAUAAUAUAGGAGUCAUAGCUGGAUAUGAUACAUUUGCUGCUAAAAUGUACUCAUAAAUUGUUUUUAUAUUUGAUAAUGUGCCUUUUGCCUAUCUUUUCGAUUUAGGUACUGGUAUUCCAAAUGGAGCAGAGCUUGGUUGUGUCGGUACAGGUUUGACUACUUUGAAAACAAAUAAAUUGACAUGUAGACUUACAUAUGGAUUUAAUGCAGAAAAUUUGCCUUACAUUACCGUCUCAGGAUAUGAUCCCAUUCCCCCAAAUGCAGAUGUCAGGAUUUAUAUAACUCAAAUUUAAUCGGUUCCAAGCUUGAAUCCUACAAAACUUGAUCCAAGAAAUAUAGUUCCUAUUUAAGGUGGUAUUUAAUAUGUUUAUAAAGACAUUCGUGCCUCAGCAUUUUUCUAUGAACCAUUCUAAUAUUUACCUAAUUAAAACUCUCUUUUGGCAGCUUCUCCUGGAGAUUAAAGUAGUGCUAAGGUAAAAACUAGCGGAUCUAAUAAUAAAGUUCUCCAAACUGAAGAUUACACCUUUACUUUUAAAACCUCAGCAACCAUUAAGACAACCGAUUUCUUCGCUCUACAAUUCCCACCAGACUAUUUCAAUAGAUUCAGUGAUUACUCUUAAGUAACUACUGCUAAUUUUGUAACAAAAGUAUUUGGAAUUUCUAAUUUGAUUUACUUAUCUCCUUUAAGUAAUAUUUCUCCUGGCACAACAGUUACUGCUGUUAUUAAAAAUCUUAUCAAUCCUUCAUAUAGCUAAAAUAUACCGAUUACUAUAGUAGGCUUUAGCAUGAUUGACUAUAAAUAAAAAGAAACUUUCAACUUCUAACUCACAGGUCGUCAAAUACUUCCCUUUGAUAAGUUCACAAGAGUUGAGGCUAUUUCAUCAACAAAUGUAGGAGGUGAAAAUGGAAUUUCUUACAAGAUCAUUUUUGUCACUGGUCAUAAUGUGCCCACUAAUGGAGCCUUCAGCGUAACAAUGCCAUCUCAAUAUACCUUCAGUUUGUAUGAAAUGAAUGCUUAGUGCUCCUUAAUAGGAUUUGACCCUGUUGUAACUUGUAUGAUUGGAUCACAAAAUAGAAUGGAUGUUUAUUUGAAUGGAUCAUAAAUAGCUCUUGAUAAAGAAUAUGCUAUUGUUAUUCAAAAUGUAAACUCUCCUAACGCCGAUGUCUCUUCAUUUAAACUAACAUUGACCAGCUACUUCAGUGAUAAUAUAUAUAUUAACUAAAUGAUUUGUUAAUAACAAAUGCCUAUGUAAGCCCUUAAUAUAUAAACAGUUAAGUCUUGUGAUCUAAUUGUAGAUAGUACCAUAUUAAAUGCUAAAGCUUUAUCACUUUACACUUUCAAGAUUCAAUGUUCUACUAUGGUUCGUGCCCAAACAGACAUAGAAAUAAUUCUUAACGAUGAUUACAAGAUAGUCAAUGGACUUAAUAAAUCUAUAUAAUGCUAAAGUAACGAACCUUAGACUCUAAGACAAGCCUAGUGUACUUUAUAGUAAAAUAGUGACUUCUAAUAUGUACUCCGUAUUGCUGUUAAUUCUAUUCCAAGUCAAUCGUUAUUUUCUAUAAAGACUUAUCUCUAUAAUCCAAAAAUUGUUAAUAAGCCUUUCACUUUCACUGCAAAGCUUUACAGCCAUUAAAUUUUAUAUGCACAAGCUAUUUUAACAGGGUAAGCUAUUCAAAAUGCUAUUGUAUUAUCUCCAUAGAGUCCAGCUCUUUCUUCUUCUGUAAGUUAGAGCACAAAAACUUAAGUUGGAAUACAAAACAUUCCUAAGAAUGGAGGACAAGCUGCAACUUAUAUUCUUACUAUUCCUCCAUUGGGAUAAUCUUAAAUUGGCAACGUACCAUCAGAAGUUCGUAUUACAUUCCCUUAGAACGAUUUUGGAGUAAAUAUAGGAGAUAACCUUUCUUGCGGAGUCUAUAUCACUCAAAAUGAUGAUAAACAAUUCAAGACAUAUAUCGGAAUUCUGUAACUAACUUAGAAAUCGAAUCCCAAUAAUAUCGUCAAUUACUUUUCAUUAAAAUGCUCUGUUUAUUAACCAUACGAAUUAGUGAUUGAUACUUCUAGCCUAACAAUUAAUUAGAUAAAUAUUUCAGAACUUUGGUAGCACUGGAUUAUCAAAAAUGUCUAUAACCCUAAAGAAUAUAACUAGAAAAAUUAAUUCCAUAUUCAAUAUAACAACAAAAAGCAAGUUUUGUGGGAUUUCUAAGACAAUAUUCUAUACUUCAUCACUAAAGCUCCUGAUUUCAUAAAGGUUUCUGCUUUAUCUGCUUCGCCUACAGAUAUUCGUACUCCAUCUAUAUACACUUUCAACUUAACAGCUGAAUCAGCGAUUCCUCUAAAUCCAAUAGUAGGUAUCAGCAUAUAAUUACCAGUUAACCUCUAUAGCACAAUUAAUUAUCUAGAAUCUUCACCUCUAAAUUCAUGCAAUGUUUCUCCGAUUGACUUAAAAACAAACAAAUUAACAGGCACCCAAAAUCUAGCUUGCAAAAUUUAUGAUUAGGAAAUUCUGAUUGAGUCAGCUAAUUUCUAAAACCUUCUUAAAACGGACACUACAUCAAUACAAAUACAAAUAAAUAAGAUCUACAAUCCGAAUAUUGUGUAUUAAUGCAAUAUCUAGAAUCCUGAUCUUAAUCAAUACACUUUCAAAAUUUUUGACUGGAACUCAGGAAAUAUUUUCCUCAUUUCUUCACCUUCUGUUGACAGUUAAAACUGCAUUAAUUUUGAUAAGAAGUCCUAUGAUAUUAAUUUUAAUGGUCCUCUCUCAGUCUCACCUGGUUUAACUUACUAAUACUAAUUCAAUUUUGAGUAGCCAGCUCAUGGAUUAAAAAUUAGACCUAUGUCUCCAAUUGGAGGAAUAAUGUUUGAUCCUUAGGAGAUAAGUGUUAGUAACUAUACAGCAUAAAGUGUACCUCUCUUAGUCAAAAUUCGUUCAGAUGUGCUACCUGGUAGUUACUAAAUAAAAUUCUAGACAUCAGAAGAACUAAUUUCAACUACUAUUCCUGAUGCAGAAGCAGCUCUUAAACUUACUUCUAUGCUAUCUAGUCGCUCUAAUUUCUACUUACCAAUAUCUCCAAUUAAUCUAAAUGUUUAGGGUAUCUCUGAGUCUCCAAGCCCAACCAUAACUGUAGGAGAUAUUACUUAAUUGACAAUUGGUUAUCCUUUGAGAGUACCUGUAACAAUUUCUAGGUCUCCCUCAAACAUACUAAAUAUGAUGAUCAAAAUCAAAGAAGAUCAGUUUAAUUCUAUAAUAAGCAUUAAUCCUCCUUUGUUGCAAAUCAGUCCUGGAUAGACUUCAACUUACUUUGAGCUUACUAUCAACACACCAAAUGUUCCAAGCUCUUCAGCUACUUUGUUGUUUUCUCUUACAUCCUACUACUAAAUUGUACACUAACUCACAUAAGCAGUAAAGUACUUAUCUUUCUCCAUUAACAACACCUUCAACCCGAAAUACUCUUUCCUCCAAGUAAAACUUACGAAGAUCUAAAUUCCUACAUCUUCUACUGAUAUUAAUAAAAGCGUUUUUAACAAAGAUUCUAAAUAAGUUUCUCCUACCAACGCUGCCUCUACAUCUACAUCCCUCUUAGAACUCAUUCCGAAGUUUAUAGUCACUUAAACAGUCCAAAUUCAUGCAAAUAAUGCUACUAUAUCUGUUUACGGAUCUGCUAGUGCUACACUUUACACUGCUCUUGCUUACUUAGGAGAGAAAGCACCAGCUUAAUUUUAUGACAUUAUUAAUAACAAGCUAAAUAAUGGCCUAUAAUAUCAGCAAGUGGAUGUGAAAACUGUAGUCAGAUUCUCUGGAGCUGUUGAUCACAUUGCAACAUUUAAUUUCGCCAAUUUAAUUGCAUAAACUAACUAUGUCAUCCACAUGGUUAUGCAAAAUUCGUUUGGAUUUUCUUAAAUAUUCUCUUACAAUUUCAAAACAAGCAGACUCUCAUUUGGUAGUAUCAUUAGUAUUCCAGUACGUGAUAUCAUUCCUUCUUCGGACAUUAUAAAAUCUUUGUCUUUAGCUUUGAGAAUCUCUGAAAGUCGUAUAAUUUCAUAGACAAACGUCACUCUUUUAUAGUAAUAAAAUCUCAGUUUUAAUCCAGAUUAUAUGAUUAAGAGAGAUUAUUAUUAUGAAAUCGUAAUAACUCCAGAUACACAAAACGAUUAAAACCCAACCUCCUUACUUGCAAGUAAACUCUAAAACGAUGCUCAAACAAGAUCUCUAUUAACAUCAUUGCUACCAAGCUUUGACGUAAACAAUCCUGUAAGAUCUAUCCAAAUUAUUUAAGGUAUCCCUCCAAUUGCUAACGAAAUAUAACCAAUAUUGAUCAAUUAUAACAAUGCCACGUUUAGCAUAAAAUUAUUGGAACAAGGUUAUGUAUUUGCAAUAGUCUAAGAAGCAGCCAAUAUAUCUAUUUAGCCAGUUUCUUAACAAAUAUUCUAAGGUAAAAAUCAGUUUAACUAAGAAGUUUAACCUUACUAGAAAUUUAGCACAUCUACAGACAAAAGCGGAAAUGCUAUUAUAACAAUAGAUGAUUUAUAAGACAACACUAGCUACGUUCUAUAUGUUACUAUAGGAAAUCACCUUCCUUAUUCAACAUUGAAUCUUUAUGAAGAUGAUCAAGUUAGAGUUUUCAAAUUUAGGACUCCUUACAAUUCCAAUUUAGGAUCUUAUGAAGGCAGAUUUGAUUAACUUAAAGAAGAUAAUCCAAGUUUAGCUCAAGCUUUGAUAAGUUAUUUGUCUUGA